AGCCUCGGCCACCGCGAUCUGUCCUCCGUUUGUGGCAGCAAUGGUGCGCUCCUCCUCCCGACCGCACCGCCUCAUGUGCCCUCUCCUCCGCGGCUUCCACGCCUCAGCACAGGCCCUGGUGAGGCCUAAGCUGCACGAGUUCUCGAGGCCGAGCGGCUACCCGGGGAGCUGGGAGCCCGCGGGCGAGCCCCUGGAGGUGUGGGUGCAACUGGAGCGGCUGCGCAAGGGCUACGCGCGCGACGUGCGGGACCUGUGGCGGCAGUACACCUACGAGGUGCAGCUGAUGGAGGCUGAGCGGCAGCGCAAGGCGGAGGCCCGCGUCGCCAACGAGGAGCGCAAGGCCACCAAGGCCGCCGCUGCGAAGACGCGCGCGGCCGAGCGGCGCGCGUUCGAGCAGGGCUUCCGCCAGGCCCUCAUGAAAGAAAGAGCUGAGAAGCUGGAGAGCUGGAGGAAGAAGGCGAAGCUCAAGGAGCAGAAGAAGGCGGACCACAAGGACCUCUUGCGCAAGAAGAGCGGUAUGUGGGUUGCUGAAUAUAAACUUGAAGAGAAAAUCCUGGAUGCUUUCACCCAAACUACACCUCUUUGAGGCUGCAUGCUGUGAGGAACUUGCUAAUGGUAUUAAGAGAACUGAUGGGUUGACGUCUCAAAUCUUCGAAGUUAUUCCCCGAGAACUAGCUUAUACUCCAGUCAUCAAUAAGAACAAACUUUGGAAAUCAGCUGUUGUGUAUAAAUCAGUUAGUCUGGAUUGGCAUCAGUCUUUUGGGUUUUGGGAUUGACCUUGUUAAAUGAGGGAUAACUCUCCUAAACUUUAAAAUUAUAUUCAGAUGAAUUUAUAUUAGCAACCAAUACUUGAUGUAUGUGUCCAAACUCCAGAACUGCUUGUCUAACGUGACAUUUGAUAACGUCUUUCGUUGAUAAACGAGGCGCAGCAAGAAACUACUCAUGAAUCCUGAGUGAACAUUGCAUUUACCUUUUUUCCCUUGGAGAAAGAAAUGCAUUUACGUUGUCAUGUGAACUUUUCGGACAUAGGCCUUUCUCUUGUACAGUAAUACCGGUCUUGUUUCAUUACUGACUGGUUCACAUUGAGACACUACUCUGCUGUAUUUUGUCCAAUUUGUGCCACUGUAGUUAACUGCGGAAGAAGGGGAUGGGAUUAGUACUCAGAGAAGGCGAGCGUGAAAAGAAGAGGCGAAGGAAAGCAAAAGCGGCACUUCAACCGGGCCUUUCUUCACGCAUGACCAAAGGGAUAAUGAUUGGACCCUCCUGUGCUCAUUAGGUAAGAUCACUGCUAGGAGUACUUCGUUUCGUUUUACCGGUAGUAGGACUGCUUGAGUAGGAGUGUUGCAUAGUCACAACCA